CUCACAUUCAAACACAAACACACACACACACAUACAUACUCAGUUGUGGUGAAAGCAUAGGGGUCACUGGAAUCUCUGCUACAGAUAUAAAUAGUAGGCUAAACCUGUAUGCGACACAAAACUGAGCACAUUUUGAAACUCAACCAUGCCACUCACCAGAACUCUCCCGAGCUGCUGUGUUUUCCUUUUACUGUUAGUGAUGAGCAAAUCUGCACUGAUUGGCAAAAGCCACAGCAAAGGCAAAAAUCACCCGGUGCUUCAGUACGUUCUGAACAACUCAGUGAGAGAAAACCAGGUGAUGGAGAAGCUACGACUGAAAACCAUGGAGGAUUCAUUGAACAUCAUGAUGGUUCCCCCGGAACAAGCGCAAUUCAUGGCAAACCUUGUGAGACUUAUCAAAGCUAAUAAAACUAUUGAAAUAGGUAUGUAUACUGGAUACAAUACCCUGAGUAUGGCGUUGGCCGUUCCAGAGGAUGGCAAGGUGGUAGCCUGCGAAAUUCAACAGAAAUAUGUUGACAUAGGCAAAACUUUCUUCAAAGAGGCUGGGGUUGAGGAUAAAAUAGAUAUCCGUCUACAACCUGCUUUACAAACCCUUGAGGAACUCCUAGAUGCUGGUGAAGCAGAGACCUUUGACUUUAUUUUCAUCGAUGCAGACAAGAUGAAUUAUGAGAAUUACUAUGAGAAGUCCCUGCGUCUUGUGAGGACAGGAGGCAUUAUAGCCAUUGAUAAUGUCCUUUGGAGUGGGAAGGUCAUUGCCCCAGAAGAGGAUGAUAUCACCUCCCAAACUCUUGAUAAACUAAACAAGAAAUUGCAUGCUGACAACAGGAUUGACCUGAGCAUGCUUACUAUUGGAGAUGGAUUGACCCUUGCCUUUAAACGAAACUUGUAAAAAGUAUAAUUAGGAAAUAAAACCAUAUAAAAUGCAGUAAACAUCA